AUGCCGGAGCCCAUCGGCAAUCCGAAGGCGUCUCGGUUGCGCCAGCCCCAAACGACUGUGGGUGGAGUGGUCCUUCACACUUCUAAGAGCACGACCACAAACGCAGGCAUACACUACACUUCAAACCGCACCAGCGACGCGCACGACUUCCAGCGGGAAAUCGCCACUUUUGCCAACACGAAGAUCCGGCAGUCCGAGGGCUGCUACUCGCAGCGGGGUAGCGACGUGAUUGCUCCUUUUUCCAAUGUAUUCGCCGGCGGUAUAACUCCUGCUGGGUUUGACGAGGAGGAGGAGCUAAAGCUAUUGCAAAAAAGCAAGAUGGGUCCUCGUGGAGGUAAAAAGACCAAGCGCCGGCUGUCGCCCAAUGUGCUCGAGGACGAGGAAAUCAUCAUCAAUGGGGAUGAAAACUAUCCACAAAAAAAAACCAAUCCACAUCCAUUUCCAUUUUUUGCAUGACAAACACAUGAUUUGAUGCGUGUUUUGCAUGACAAAUUGGAUGUGGAUGAGUUUUUUUCUCUGGAUGAAAACAGUGUUGACGAUAAAUCCACGACACAGGACCAGGAGGAGUUGGAGGGUGAACUGGAUCAUGAUUGCGGCGCGCUUGCUUCCGGCUGCAACAGCAACUACGUCUACAACGACAACGAGGAACUACACCAUGGCGACCGAGUUUUUGGGAAGACGUACGCAGCUGCUUACGAUGUGACGCAGGUCCACGACCCCGUGGGACGAGACGAUGAACGUCGCCAUCAAAUCUAUCAAAUCGAGGAAAACUACGAACUUUCGGACGUCGACCAAGGUGGAGAGCAUUAUGCGGACGAGGAAGAUUUUGUCAGCGCGGCGGAAAGUCUCGCAGCGUCGACUUUAAGCUUCGGGAUUGGAGGCCGCUUGCCGGCAGAGGGGGGAGCGAUGGCAGGCAUGCUUUCCAAUAGUACCUCCUCUCUUGCAGCAGCGGCUGCAGUAGGAAAAGCCGGAGCAAGUGCAGCAUCCAGCCUGAUUGAUGAUACCCGGCGGGGGGCCACUUCGUACAGGACGGUGGUCGAGGUCGACGACCAGCAGCAUGUUGACACUUUUGAUCGUGGACAAGGUCCCGAAAUAAAUGAGGCACAUACUUUUGUAGACGGUCGUGCCUCCUGUAAUGACCACGUCGCGCCGCCGCGCAGCUCCAACCACGAGCAUCUACUUUUAGAACAUGCUCCUACUUCGACUUCCAGUCUGCUCGAGGAACGAUUUUACAGUUGCGCCGACCGGGAGCAAGUUUUGCCAACGAGCGCAUCUGCUUCGGAAAUUACCAACAUAAAAAGUCAGGAGCCGCGCGACCGAGUGGAUGAAGUUGAAGAGCUUCAUGACUUGGGUAUAGGAUUAGAGUACAAAUAAAAAUUCUGAUGAAGAGUAUCUCGACAUCAGAAAAGAAGAACAGAUGUUGACGCAGGUCAUUUUUUUACUUAGUUACUCUGUUCAUACUAGUGAGUCUGGUCUCUUCGAAGACGAAGAUCCUUGUAUCAGUGAAAACAAUCUUCAACAACAAACAACAAAACUCUAACUCAUGCAGGCCACGGCCGACGUGACGAAGGGCUGCUACAGCAGCCACUCGGCCCCAAGAACAUGAUGGGAGAGGACAUCUUCAACGGCGCUAGUACCUUCUAUGAAGCACAUCUUGACCUUGACAUCCAGGCGGAGCAGCAACGCCACACGACUUCCAUCGACGAAGUGGAAGACAACUUGGAUGAUCUGAUGGAAGACUGGGAGCCUCUGGACAUCGUGGAGCUGGAGGCGAACUCCACCAUCGACGAACUGUGGACGCUCUUAUGAGACUGCACAACUCCCCCUCCCCCUCAUUUGUGAUGCAAAAUACCAAACUCACACCUUGCUCGUAAGCCCUGUCAGCAUAACAAUUUUUGAAACCUCAAAUAGUACUACAAUCCGCAACCGCAUGUUGUACAUUUGUCAUGCGAAAGCCCCUUUUCUAUUUCUGUUGUUGCUUGUGUUUCUUUUCAUGCAAUACAAAUGAGGGGAGGGGACGAAGUUGUGCACUCUCAUAGUUCUUGUUCCAGAACUACGAUUGGCUUCGACAGGUGGAAAAAUCGCUGAAGCGGACGAAGGGGAGCAUCGAUCGGUUGGCGAUGAACAGCGGAGCGACGAUGAACAGUUCCUCCUGCUUUAGCUCUCCAGACGGAAAGAUGACAGCUGCUAGUCGCACCCCCACGGGAAAGAUCAUGAACCGCAGCACAAUUUCUAGCAACAGCAAGUCCUUCCUGAAUUCGAGUUUUGACUCGUCCAGCGUCGCGGCGGCCUAUAAUUCUCCGGGUGGUUAUGGUGGGUUUGGGUCGUUUAUUUCAACGUCACUGAGAGAUGGUAGAGAUAAGAUGAAAAAAACUAGCACCACGUCACGAAACAACAGCAUUCGGGAGGGGUUCGCGGGCAUCCGCUCGAGUUUGCUGGAUCCUCACGGACGGCAGAAGACGUUUGAAUCCACGCCGACGAAAAUUCAGAUGAACGCGUUCGAAGAAGAGGAAAUCUACUUGGAGGAACGCAAGUCUUCUACGUCUUUUAAUACAACGACGAGGAACAAGACUUCUCUCAAGCAAGUGCCAAAUCGGAAUCCAGCAUCCCGGAGCCGCAGCAGGAGCCCAACCACCAGCUUCCUGAACAAAACGGGAAAGAAUGGUGCGAAAAAAAAUGAUAACAGCGUCAUGAAUAUUAAGUCUCCUGCUGCCACUGUACUUCUGUCGGAAAGCGAGGCGAAGCAGAUCGUGAAUCGGCUCUACAACGGUGGGCGUCCUGUUAUACCGAAUAUUAUGCAUGGGGCUAGCAUUAGCAAGCACCGCUCUACUGCGGCUUCUAUCCACCAAGUAGAUCGGCUGCACACAUUGGCAGAGGAAGGCGAAGACGCGUUCACUUCGCCGUUUAAUGGCGGCGCUGGUGAAACAGAAACUACAGAAGCGAACGAGGAGCAGGACAGCAAUAUCGUGGAAAUCACGGAUGAUCACGAGGACCAGCCAGAAAAGACCAUGCCUCUUUCACCUUCUUCCACCACAGCGAAGAUUCUGACUGGAGACACGACCUCCAGCUCCACUGCAGCUCGCCGAGAUAAUAUUGCGCCAGCCACGACGGGCGAGAUCACGACCAGCCAUCGCGGCAGUAAAAGAGAUUUAACGUCAAAGACGAAAGUAUCGAGAAAAGUUUCGAAAUCACCCACGAUUUCUUCUUCAAAAAAGACUCAAGUCACCUCGUCGUCUCACCCGAGGACUAGCGCGAAAGUCACGGACAAGAAGCAUCAUGGUGUUUUAGUUGGACAUUCCGGCCGCGGCCGCGGGGGCUCUACUUCCACGAAAAUCUUGCAGCAGGCUAGUGCACCUCCGGACGACGAAAUGAAUAAAGCCUCCACCACCGAGAACCAGGUCGAGGUCACGAAGAUGCUCAGGACGUUGGAGAAACAGCGAAGAUUGCUGGAGCAAGACCUGGAGAAAAUUCGCGAAGACACCACGCAAAUCGAGCUUUUGGUUGCGCGGAGGCAGAAGGAGCAACUACAGCAGCAGAACUUGGAGUUGGUGACCUCCUCCGUCGGAGUUACGUCCUCGUCAGGAAUAGCAGCCGUAGCAGAAGUAGCUGGAGUGCAGCAGGAGCGUGAAGAGAAGAAUGACGACGUCAAGGCCUCCGUCACCUCCUCACGGGACAACAUCGAUGAAAGCGAAAUUGUUCAUCAGGAGGUGGAGCACAUUCUUGCUGGCGCGACCAGUAACGUAGCGUCAGCAGGAGGUUUUCUACCACAGACGCCGGGUAUAGACUACGGCUAUUGCGCAUCCAAACUAGCAGGACCAGCAGUCGUAGUUUCGAUGUAGUUAGAUGAGUUAUUUGGUAUGUUGCAGUUGUACUCGACUGCAAUUGCAUCAAGAAGAGAACGAAGUAGAUGUUGACGGCGCCCCUGCGAUGUCUUUCUCUGCUUUAUGCCAAAGAAAAUACGAGUUGUUUGAAUGUGAAUGUGAAGACAUUGAAAUUUUUCAUUAGAACGCGUCACCUUCCUAAUUGACUACAUCCCAGGUUCCUCUGUCGCAGUGUCUACGCGCACCAGCUGCCGCCCGCCUUUGCUACCGAGUACAGCGAGACUUGUCGGGGGCGGUGGAUCUUCUACUACGAGUGCUAAUCUGCAGUCUGACCUAGGUACGAAGCUCCAUGGUGUCAUUUCCAGAGCGGUGAGCCGUGAGGUGAACAAAAUUUCCCGAUCGCGGGGCAACAGCGUGGAUUACACUGUAGUUUCUGAACAGCAGCAGGAACUGUUUCACUCGGAAACAAGAACUGGAAGUGGGGACGGAGCUGGAGCUGGUAGCGGCAAUGCCACCGCGCAGCAGCUGCAGGACGGUUGCAGUACUAGCGGACAGCAAAGUUCCGCCUGCAGCCGCAGUCGCAAAAGGUCAAGCUCGCGCAAGCCGAGUGUGCCGAGCCAUGUCGUGCGGCCAGCAGCGCCAGGCUCUUUCUCGGCCUCUGCAAAGAGUAGAUCGACAGCGAGAGAACUACAAAAGGAUUCAAGAACUCCACCUGUGUCUGCCAUCGCUGGACUGUCUCAUCAAUCACAAUCGGCGAGCACUAGUGCUCUACUCCUUUCAGGAAAAGAUGAUAGUAGAGAAAGAGAUGCACAAGAGCAGACGAAAAGAAACUCGACAGCCGCGGCGCGAAGGAGGUCAAGGUCCCGGAGAAGUAAAGCGCCACACGAGCAUUUGAUCUGUAAUGGGGGAGGACCUGGUGGUGCGGGCCGACCCUUGUCGGGAAGCAGAGCAGGCUCCACCUCCUCCGCUGCUAGACGGAGUAGAUCGCGGUCCACCAAAGUCAGCUUGUCUGCUCGCGAAAGAAAGCCCCAACAGGAUCAUCGUAGUGCGGGGGAUGACAUUGAGCAGUUGUCAGAAGGCCAAGUUGUAGGCCAAACUCUGCACGGGAGGUGUGGUGACACAUAUCAUGUCGGCAUGAUGGUCGUGGCAGCGAGAGAAUCCGAACGAGAAGCAGUGCAAGGACAGAUACGGCUCCAAACGUCUUUCUUGGGCGGGAUUUUUGACACCAGCAAGAGCGGAUCGAAAACGCCCGGGAGUUGUACUAGCUUUCUGAGCGAGCAGGUCUCUUCUUCGACGAUGAUGAUGCAAGGUAGAAGACUUGUAACCACACAACUGCCAACGCCGCAGCGAAUCGUUUGUUCGACAGCGACGGGCGCAGCUCCUGCUGCGCCAGCAUCUUCAUCUCUGUACCAGAAUUAUUGUUCCACAACACCGAUCAACAGCGGAGGUGGCGCCGCGUCGCCAAUCAACCUGUCCAACGUUGCUGCAGCUUUUCGCCGAUCUCUCAGUCCGCCGCAGGUUGGAAGAAAUAGAGAGAAUACUGGCGGUGCAGCAGGUACUUCUACUGCGUCGUCAGGAGCUCCUGGCGACACGAAGAUCGCUUUUCCUAUGGGUGGUUCUUGUUCACCACUCGCAGCUGCACUUCCGAGGUCUCCGACCAGCAACAGCUUUUUUAAAACCAUCAACACUGGUUCCUUUCAUGUGAGCAAGGCGAUUUUUCCGAUUCCCACUCCAACUUCGCCCGGCGGUGCCUCGUCGCCUUUGCUGCACCGAAACAUGGUUGCUGGCGGCACAGCUACAACUCCUGGAACGAUUAUUGGGCCAUUUAAUAGGAACAGCACAGAAGUUGCCGGAGUGCAACUGUUCAAAAAUGCAAGCAACACGAUCCAGACACCUGUCAGGCCGAGAAGUUUCGUCACGGCGGCUGCAGUUGCAGCAGAGAAAAAGUGUGCUGCUUCUGUGCUGAUAAACACGUGCUCCGCGAAAUCGACGCAAGCGCCGAAUAGCUGUAGUAUAAUGGUGGACGACUGCUCGCCAUCACCCGUUGAGGAAGUAGCUGCUGCUCCUGGAGAAAACAAACAAGCUGCGACUGUGAACAGGAAAGCGGUUGUAGGAAUAAAUACAAGCACAACAAACUCCAGCAGUGUGAAUUCUGCUUCUGCGAGCAGGCCGAAAAUAAGCCGCCCUCCAAAGUUGCCCCCGGCCUCAACUGCAAAAUCAAAGCGCGAGGGUGCUGGUGGCCGCCCGGGUGCGACUUCUAGGUCUAGCGGAACAAGUGCUGGAGUAAACACCUGCAAGGGCGCGGCAGCUGUUGCCGCGGCUUGCUCGCCUAACCCAAGCAACUGCAGCCCUCUCGUUCCUGUUGCACUUCUACGACAGAUGACGAGCUGCAGCCCCGGAGUGAACCACCACGAUGAUGGCGCAACUGAGGGCGGAUGCGGAAUCAGUAUCAGAAGCACAUCAAGCAGAACAAAUGACGUCGACGCAUCAGGAUCGUUCUCGUCUUCUGUUGUGCUAGAGAAGGACGCCCGCGGGCGGGGCACAGGUAGUACAACAGUGGCACAGCAAGCGAACAACUCUGCAGGAGGACCUGCGUCAUCGUCCGCAAAUACCAUGAGCAGGACCGCUAGCGGAUCGAGAAUUUUGGCCUCCAUUGUGCAGCCAAAAAUGGCCACGCCAACAUCUUCAGGAGGAGCGUCUGCGUCAGCUGCAACAGCUUCUACGUCGCAUCUUGUUCAGCCACGACAGCGAGUGGAUGAAGCUUCUCUGUUGCGGCCACCACAAAACAUCCAGCACGGCGCCAGCAGCGUCCCGACCAAAAUCGUCCUUGAUAGCAGGCGAUCGGCUUCUUUUUCGGUGCCCCACCCCGGAGGCGGAAGUACAAGUGGUGGACCACCUGCUGCGCAGGGUUUUGUUGCAAACAACGUGAAUGGGAUUUUAAACACCACUUCUGCAGUACUGCGAGCGACAGCGCAACACAGCAGGACGAGCAGAGAAGGGUCUUUAACAAGACCUAGUCUGUGUCUGCUAAACGCGACGAACAUGUUGAGCUUUUCUCCUCCGGCUAGAAACCAGCAGGAGCAGAUGGUCAUCAAAAAUAAAAAUGACUCUCCCGCCGCUACAACUUCAAACCUCCUACCAGCGACGAGAGCCUCUUUGUCACAGAACAGCAACACAGCACAGUUUCCAGCAUCGAAUUUGUUUGCUAUUACAACCCCCGCAUCGAGAAAAAAUAACACUUCUGCUAUGCUGCGAGCAAUUAUUCCUGCUCCUGCAGCGUCCUCUUCCAAAAUCCGAGCUACUUCGUUGCCCCCGCCGGGCUACUGCGGGAGUGGUUGCGGGGACGAAAUGAAGGAGAAGGACCUUCAGCUGCAAGAAGUAGAACUACACAUCGAAGACAAAACGCGAACCUUAAUGCGACAGGAAAAAUCACAAAAACUUCCCACUGCAGGGGAAAUUAUUUCCUUGUAGUUGUAAGCAAGGGAAUGGGAAGCAGCCGCGCAGCGACUAGGACUACCUAACAAGCAUUUUUCCGUUGCGAAAAAUCGAAGUGAUUAUAUUCUCGACCAAGAAGAUCAUGACCAUGAGCAACAAGUUUUUUUUGCGUUUUUUUGCAAGAUGAAAUAGAGUGACAAGAUCUGUCGGAAGUAAUACGAGUAGGUACCGCCCAGGCCUCCGCGAAAGUUGCGGUCCUAUCUAUCAUCAUGCUCCUGUCCUCGCAUCGUGCGGACUCUUUCUUUUGUUCCAAUGAAUUAUUA